AUGUCAGCAGACCCAGUCCACGACGAGGACUACGCCUCCGAGGAGGACUCCGAUUUCGCGCCGGAUGAUGCCCCCGCGGAAGAAUCCUCCGUGUCGGAGGAUGAGGAUGAGGGUGAAGGUGGUGAGGGGUCGACGGGCGCCGGGAAACAAGGUCAGGCGAAAAGGAAACGACCGGUAGUGGGAGGGGACGACACAGCGACUGAGGAUGCUGGGUUAGAAAAUUCUGGAGAUGAGGCGAUCAUAGAAAGGGGGAAAAGGCGGCAGAAGAAGUCGAAGAGGAAAGAUACGGAGGCGGAGGAUGAUGAAGGGGGAGAAGGGGGGUUGAUUAAGACGCGGCGGAUGCGCGCAGCCGAAAAGGAAGAAAGACGAACAGCAGUCGCCAGCGGACCAGUGACGAUUGAUGUCGAUGCCCUCUGGGCGCAGAUGACGAGCGGGCCCGUCGGACAGCCAUCACGAGCAACCGACCCAACAGUAGCCACAACAACGCAGACGAAUACAGAUGGCCCAGCCCCCUCCUCACAACCACAACCGCCAACCGAAACCCCCGAAACAUCCGACCUAAUCCGCAUAAAACGAACUUACAACUUCGCCGGCAAAGUCCACACCGAAGAAAAGCUCGUAGCGCGCGACUCGGCCGAAGCAAAACUCUACCUAGCCGAACACGGCGACGACCCAGCCACCCUCGAGACCGACGACGACACCGCCCAAAAACGCAUGCCCCGCAAAGCCUUCCGCUCCAUCUUCGAACCCGUCGCCGUAGACGGCACCGCCAUUGGCGGCAGUUCCAACCAACGCACCGACCUAAACCUAUCCCUCUCCGAACGGCUGCGGGCGCGCGAGCAGGCGCACGCGGCAGAAGCGGCCAAGAAGCUCAACACGGUGGAGAAGAGCCGGAUGGACUGGGCCGGGUUUGUGGACCGCGAGGGCAUACAGGACGAGCUGGCGCUGGCGGGCAAGUCGAAGCACUCGUUUGCGGCGCGACAGGACUUUUUGGCGAGGAGCGAGGCGCUUAGGGAGGAUGAGGCGAGGCGGUUGCGGAUGGCGGGGAGGGCUUAA